AUGCCUCGAGUGCCGCGGCUGCUGAUCGGGCUGUUGCUGCUCGCAGACCCAGCGCGAGCCAAUAGCUGCGAUGAGGAUGACUGCGCGCCCAUGUACUGCCUGCCUAGCUGGUGGCGCAGCUCGACAGCACCAGAGCUGGUCGUAGCCGCCGUGCUGGUCUUCUUUGCCACGUUCCUGCCCCGGGUGCUCGUCCGUCUCGUUAUCUUUGUGCUGCCAAAGCUGCCGUUUAUGCGCCAAGUGGCUGAAGACUUUCGCGAGUCUUGCGUAGGCUCCACGUCGUACUUCAUCUCGAUGUCGCUGGUGCUGCUAGCACUCUCCGUGUCAGAUUUGAGCAAGUUCUUGUGCCACCUGCCCACUUACAUCUGGGGAUUGUUUUUCCUCUACUGGCUCUAUUCCUUGUUCAAUGUCGUGCAAAGUCUGGCUGUACGUCGGUUUGUCGGUGUGAAUGGAGAUUUCUCCAAGAAGAUGGUUAUUUCCGAGUCUGUCAAGAUUCUUCGACUUACGACGCUGCUGAUUAUUGCGCUUAUUAUCUACUCGUCCGCGCUGGGCAGCAGUACUACCCUCAAGUACUCGGUAUUAGGCGUCAUUGGCCUAGCAAUCGCUCUAGGCUUUGUGCCGUCGUUCCAUAAUGUCGUGGGUGGUCUCUUCCUCGCAUUUAACUCCCAGUUCAAGAUUGAUGAUUUUGUUCGUGUCGGCGACGCAGAGGGAUUCGUGCAUCGCGUGUCGCUGCGCUACACGACAGUGGUGAGCCUAGAGGGCACUACUCUCUAUGUCCCCAACAGCUUCUUCCUGUACAAACCUAUGAUCAAUUUCUCGCAACGUCCUAAGCGUGACGUGGACUUGCGCGUUCGAGUCUCGCGUGGCACGAGUGUGGAGACGUUGCGACAGGCCCUUUGCCGUCUUGAGAGCAUGUUGCAAUCGCUGCAUGUCGGGCUUACAUCUCACGAAGAAAACCAGUCGGACUUGCGGCGUGGUGAAAAGUGGGAACGGUUUUUCUUUGUGGCAAUGGAGGAACUCUAUACCAUUCGCAUAUACUCAUACACGGAAGAGCUGGAUGCGCGAAAGUAUGCCAUGCUGAAGUCGGAGGUCUGGCUCGCGUUGACAGAAAUCAUGGAGGAGUUGGGUAUCCGCGUGCUAAGCAACGACGAUUCGGAUCACAGCUUCGCCGAACCACUACACUACUGUAAGCGCUCGAGUGGCAAUGCCCGUUCGUACCCUGACGAUACCGGUGUCAGGGAUCCGUUCACCAGCGAGAUCGGUGCCAUAAUUGGAGUACAGCCAAACAGUCCAGGUAAUGGAAUUGAGGGACCACGAACACAGCUGUGA